AUGUCUAAUAACGGCCAACAGGGAAAUGGUCAAGUUCCACAACUGACACCACCGUCUUUGCAACAAUUGGCCUAUAAAUUUACCACACUAGUCGAUGAGGCUCAAAGAGUUGGCGUUCAAACUCCUGAAGGUUUGGAGUUGCUGAAGAAGGCCUCAAAAGUGAAGGCUAUCUAUGAAACAUACAACAGACAAAGGCAGCAAGCUCAGCAGGCAUUCAGAGUGAGGAAUACAGCUCAGACAGGAGCUCAACCACAGCAGCAAUUGCCUGCGGGCCAGCCUCAGCCACAGCAGCAGCAGCAGCAGCAACCACCACCACAACCUCAACCUCAGCAACCUCAGCAACCUCAGCAGCAGCAACUAAAACAACAAAGACCGGCGUCUUCUGUUGCUAGUAACAUCAAGAUGCUUCUAAAUCCACAACAACGAGAGGCUUAUGAAAGACUAACUCAGACUUUUAAUGAAAGUGCCAAGAAUAUCAAAGGUGAAUAUGAGUUUUUGAAAAAGAAUAUCGAGGUGUUAGAUACUGAGAUAAAGAAUAGGCAAAGCGAGCCGAUAACCGUAAGACAAUUGGAAUCGAAAAAAAAUGAACUAUUAAUGAAACUAACAAGUCUAAAUACUCAGUUUCAGACGUUGCCAAAAAAGUUUCAGGAAGAUAAGAAGAAAUUCUACAUUGAAUGUGCAGCCACUAACAUGAACUUGAAAAAAUUCUUACAAGCUACAAGUCAACAGCAAAGGGCAAAUACUGGCAAUACAGGUACCACAAGUUCGCCUGCUCCAACUCAACCAAGCGGCAGUGUCGGCACUCCAAAUUCAGCCGUACCUGUGUCAACCAAUUCAGUGAAUACGGGCAACACUGCUACCCCACAACAAUCAAAACAGCAACCGCAACAAAGAUCUAACAGUGGUAUUAGCAGAUCUCCUACUCAAGUCACUCCUGUAAAUGCUGCAGCAAAUCAGAAUAGUAAUGGAGCUGCGAGACCCGUCAUUUUUAAACAACCGAAUCCCUCCAUUCCUAUACCGGAAAGCGUAUCCCCAAUCUCAACAACAUCAGUCUCUUAUAGGUCCAAUAGGCCCACAAUAACAGGUGGAAGUGCAAUGAAUGCUGCCGCGUUGACAACUCCCGUCAUGACAAAGCUACCUCCUUAUGAAGUGGACAGCGAAAGAGUUAUGUCAAAAAGAAAAUUAAGAGAAUUGGUGAAAUCGGUAGGCAUAGAUGACGGUGAUGGCGAAACCACCAUAGAUGGCGAUGUUGAAGAAUUAUUAUUGGACUUAGCUGAUGACUUCAUCACAAAUGUGACUAGUUUUGCUUGCAGAUUAGCUAAACACAGAAAAUCCGAUAACCUUGAUGUCCGAGACAUUCAAUUGCAUUUAGAAAGAAACUGGAACAUCAGAACACCCGGUUAUUCUGCAGAUGAAAUUAGAAGCACUAAAAAAUGGAAUUCUACCCCUGCAUACGGUCAAAAAAUGCAAGUUAUUACCUCUGCUAAAGCUGCUAAGUUGUCUCCGACUGCAGCAUCCACUAAUGUGAACUCAAAUGCCGCUUCUUCUACAACCUCUAAUACAAUUAUAGCUGAAGCUAACAAGAAAUAA